AUGACCGAUGAAUUUGAAUCUGUUUUAUCCUCAUGCCAAAGAGGUGGUCCUAAUUGUCAGGAUGAAGAUAAAUCUAUGAUCCGAAAGACUGAAUAUGUGCAUACGGCAUGUGAUAAGUGCCGAAAAAAUCAUCACAAAUGUUCAGGACCACCAAGAUGCUUGAGAUGCGAGACCCAAAAUUUUCUUUGUAACUUUAAUAAGAUCCCAAAAAAACGUGGACCUAAGCCUAAAUUACAUCGCAUAGUAGGGAUUCAAAGAAACUCGGUAACUAUGGAUAUCCUUAUUCAAGUGUUCAACGACACAAAAAAAGAUUUAAUUACAGAAUUGAUAAGUCAGUUUAAUAUUAUGGUGGGCGCUGGACUCUAUUCAUUAGAAAGCCCAACAUCAAUUCAAAAUAAUGAGGGGGCUGCGUUGCCCUUAUAUUUCUUGAACAAAUUUUAUAACAUGCCCACCGGAAACUAUGAGAUCGAUUCAUUUUGUUUACGAAAUAUUCAAUCAUCAAUCAAAGAG